GCCCAUGGUUUCUACCGCGAAAGCUAGUAGAAUAUAAUUAUUACUAGAAGUUAAAUUAGAAUAAUGUUUAUGUUUGUUAAAUGCUGCAGUAUUAGCGAGUUCUCCAGCCUUUUUAGAUGUUUUCGAUAGAUAAGAGUCGGCAAAGGUGUCUACACAAGUAGCGUCCCAAACGAGGGGUUUUCCUUUGAACCAAGGUGUUAACGUCACGCCAUCUGGUCUUUUACCGUCAUUUCUAGAUAAACCUAUUGGUUCUAAUUUGUUAGGAACAUGCAAUGAUAAAAGAGCACGACUAAUUAUAUCAUUAAGCUCUGCGUGACGUUGAUAUCUUCCAGCGCUUUUCUGGCAGCUGAGGCCGUGUAAGCCUUUUGGAGACACCAGAGAUCCACAUAUGCAAUGAUGUACUGAACAUAUGUUACAUCCUAGACGCAACCCAAUGCAAAUUCUGAGAGAAUUAUUGUCCAUGAAAGUUCCAAUAUUCGAAGAAGGAAUUGAAUGUAGCCAGGCGUUAGAUUCUUUACAUUGUAAAGCCUGAAAACGUGCUAAAUCAACCUUAGAGGUAAAUUUUAAAUUCGUUUUGAUUAUUCGUUGAAUGUUGAUCAGAUCCCAAGCCUUUUGUGAGGACUUCAAAGAAGGUACAUGAACAUUGAAACCUUUCCAUUUCUCUAAAGCUUCAUCGAAUCUAAUGGAAAAGGCCUCGUCGUGAGAAUUUACGAUACGAGAGACGAGGCCCUUAACACCAAAUGAAGAGCUGAGGAAAGCCGGUAAGGAAAUGUCCUGUAGUCUUCUUAUUCCGAGACCACCAAAGUUAAUAGGCAAAGUAGCUUGUGUCCACUGUUUGUUAUCUAAAUCAACAUUCAGAAUCGUUUCCAAAAGUUCUUUGACUUCGCCAUCAUAAGCUGAAAGGAAAUCAGCAAAUUUCCAAGCAGGAGACGUUCUCAAUAAAUAAGUUAAUUUCGGAAUAGCAAAACAGUUACGUAAAAGGUAUAAUGACGUAUGUGAAUUCAAAAUUUUUAAGCGUUCAAACAUAACCCUCAAUUUACUCAAAACUUUUCCCGCAAAUUUGAAAAAACCUUCUUCGAAAAUUGGCGCACCGAGCAGAUUCAAAUCCUCCUUAGUUACAAUGCGAAUGCCAGGACAAAGAUCAUUGAAUUUCGAAACAAUUUCUUCGUCAACUGAGCCUGAACAGAAGAACAAUUCACAUUUCGACGGAUUUAUCUUAAGACCAAUUUUAUCCGCUUCACUGAUCACUGUUUCGAGAUCGUGGUAUACUAUUUCCGGAUCAUCGCAUACGGUUCCGUCAUCGAGGUACCAGACGUUCAGUUCACUCUUUAAACGUUUAAUUAACUUGUGUAUGGUUAAUGAAAACAAAAGAGGACCUAAAGGGUCUCCUUGCUGAGUACCUAUCUGAGACAAUAUUGUAUGUUCACCGAAAAAUAAAAGUGAAGAAUUUCUGUAGCAUUGCCAAAGAUAAGGAUACAGAGAAGGAAACACUUCUUUUACCUCAUUCAACAUAGCAUCUCGCUCAAUUGAAUUAAAAGCAUUUCUAAAAUCUAUCUUUAAAAGGACCUUAAACUUUCCAGCGUUAAUUGAUAAAAAGCUUCUAGUCGCGUGUACCGCAGCUUCACAACCUUGCCUGGUACCAACUCCCAACUGAAGAGGAUACAGAAAUUCGUGAGCCUUUUCGUUAACGUGUAAACAAGCGACUUUUGAAACUAAUCGUCUGAUCGAUAGGCCCAUUGCGAUUGGGCGGAUUCCUCCAUCUUUCUUCAUAAGUGCACAGAGAGAAGCACCGAAGGCGUAUUGACAAAUUGCAUCAUUAACUUUACCACGAAGGAUAAAAUUGUGAAAUAUGGAGCAAUUUGAACAACUCCUUACCUGUUGCGUCUGUCUUGACAGAUAUCGCAACCCCAAACUACUGCCAUGCCAGCAUUCAUUUUGCAUGGAGCCAUGCAUGGAAGGACUAGUUGAUUACGUACGACGACAGGUAAAAUGUCCUGAAUGUAGAGCUGAACAUAGAAUACCGUAUCAAGGUGUGCAAGCAUUUCCGACAAAUGUAACCCUUCAACGCUUCUUGGAAUUACGUAUGGAAAUUACCGGUGAACCUCCAGAUCCAACAUCCGGUCAAAUUAUGGAGCGCUGUAACGUUUGUUCGGAAAAAGCCUACCUGUCGCCUUGUGCUCAUUGCGACAAGAAAAUUUGCGAAGAUUGCAAGAGUGCCCACAUGGAUAUUUUGCGCAGAGAAAUCACCAGAAUAAACAGUCAGAUUCGGCGUGGCGUUCAUAGGCUUCAAGAUUCGUUAUCUAUAGUUGAAAAGAAUACGCUCAGCUUGCAGACUAACUGUUUAAGUGUUUCCGAGGAAGUUGACGAAGUGUACCGACGCAUGAGCAAAGCUUUAAAGGAUCGUGCCGAACAUUUACGAUCAGAAAUUGAACGUUACCUUUCAACUGAACUACGUAACCUUACGGCUCUGAAAGACAAUCUUGAUUUGGAAGUGGCAAAUAUUCAAAGUAACUGCGACGUAGCUGACAAAUAUAUCAAUGACAAUGUCGAAUGGGACGACUGUGAACUGAUGGAUACGAAAGAAAUUUUCUUGAGGACGGUCGAGUUUAUCAGAAAUUUCGAAUACGAAAACACGGACUAUAAUCGUCGCGUUCGGUUCUUUAUGGAGAAAAAUCCUAAUGAACUAGUUACCAUUGCUGCUACGUUUGGUGAGCUUCAUGUGCAACCACAUUCGGUAGCUCCUAACACAAAUAGCAACAGCUCACUACAACCACCAUCAGGACCUGGUUUGAUGAGAUCGAAAAGUGAUCACCGCCUUGCCACACAAUUUAGGCAACAAGAAGAACGUGGAUUACGAGAUGAUGAUGAACCAGUUUUGGGUGGACGUAAAUUUGGAGAGCGUCAAGCGAGAGCCACCGAUCGAUACAGCGGUGGUGAUGCCGGACGAUACGGACGCAAUGACUAUGAUUACGGAAAUGACUAUGAACCGGACACCACAUCAAGAUCUACGAAAUCAAGAUUCCGCUCAAGAUUCGUUCGAAGCCACCAAAAUGACGACAAUUCUGAUAAUGAGCAGGGUAGGAACGUUCGAUUUAACGAAAAAGACAAGGAGAAAGAACGUGACCGUGUUAUUGAUACGGAAGAUGUCGCACGUGGACACUUAAGUGGAAUUAUUCGACUGACCGAUUCACCACGUGUAAUGAAACGUUUACAAGAACAAGAAAAAGGAAAAAAGGAGAAAAAGAUCGAAGCUACACCGGCAGCGAAACCAGCUGUUGUGAAGCGAGUCACUGCCGCCGCACCGGCAGCAGCCCGACAAAUGUCUGAAGAUGAAAUAGAUAGAAUCAAAAGACAAAAUAAAGGCUCUUCGGCGUCGACUGCAGCAGCUGAACCUGAUCGUCCAACUACUGAACGUGUCGCUGCAUUGAAGAGCAGAACCACGGCGGGUAGUGAAGAUAGUGACAGCUCUCCGUCAUCGCCUGUAAGACGUACACCACCCCAGGUCGAGGCCGACAGCGAAGAUUCUGAUGGCUCAAUAACGUCUCCUCAACAGCCAAAUAAAACACCAGGUUCGCAUGUAAAAACUACUCGUUCAGCUAGUAGUGAUUCGUCAACGUCCACCGAGAGCUCAACAUCAUCGUCAGCUGUACGUAACACGGGCGCUACAUACACAACGAAAGAAGUCAAACAGAAGUUGACAGCAAACACGAAACCAGAAACAUCGGCCGUUCGAACCCGACCCGUUACCGAAGCGCCAACCUCAACGUCAACGGUUCCCGAGAAGAAGCCGUUCCAAAGUCGAUUCUUACCAAAUCAUCAACAAGAUAAGAAACAAGAGACUGAAUCAUCAAGCGAAGAAGAGACGUCUUCCGAGGAAUCUGAGGAAGAAGAGGAAGAAGAAGAAAAAACGCCAGCUAAAUCACCAGCUAAAGAUUCUGCAUUAAAGACGGACAUUGGACCGUUGCUAGCACGCAGUUCAAAUGCUCGUGACUCACAAGCCGAUAGUGCACGUCGCAUAUCAAAGGAUGAGAGUAGUUCACGUGGCGGGUAUAGUAGUCCAACAACAUAUAGUCGUGGGUAUGAGCGAGAGAGUAGUCCCAAAUACACAAGGACGAGACCGACGCGAGACCAAUAUGAAGAGCCAAAAUAUGGAUCACCAACUACCGGAACCAGUGGCUAUACCAAUAAUACAGGCGAAGAUUCAGAUAGCAAAUAUGGGACAGGUCGUUCACGCUACUUGGCUUUAAAGGAGCGCCGUAGUCGACUUGCUCGUAGCAGAUCGACUCAUACAUUUGGCAAUGAUGACGAAGAUAUCGACGAACCGAUGUCACCAACAACAACAUCCCCAAAUGCUUAUCUUGCUUCCAGGUAUGGCACAUCAUCAUCAUUAGGUGGUUCUGAUUUGUCUCGAAGUCGUUCAUCUCAUGCACUAAAAUCACGUGAAGCUUCACCAGUGAGAAGUAGCGGCGGCAGUACAGAAACUGAUAAGGACGGUGCCGCACUUAGCUCAUGGGCUCGAUAUUUAAAAAAUAAAUACGGAAAUCGUUCCACUAAAGAUGCUAGCAGAGACGCAACCACUGCAGCAUCCUCUUCAUCAGCAACACCAUCCAGUUCAUCAACAUCUGCAGCAAGACGAUUAAGUCUUGGAUUGCCAUUACGGCAAGCAAACGAAGUGGCCAGUUCUGAUGAUGAUUCAAAAAACGGGCUAGGCUCCCCUAUCUCUCCUACGGCAGCAGCAGUCGGUAUUCAGGUCGUAGCAGGUAUCUCCCCUAGGACACAAUACUUGCAAAAACGUAGACAGCUGUUCCAAUUGGGUGGACGGGGGAGCGAGCCCGGAUGUUUUACAUGGCCGAGGGGAUGUGCUUGCGGACCAGAUAACAGCAUUGUAGUAGCAGACUCAUCCAACCAUCGGGUACAAGUUUUCGAUUCAAACGGUAUUUUUGUAAAAGAAUUCGGCCAAUACGGCAAUGGAGAAGGUGAAUUUGAUUGCUUGGCCGGAGUCACAGUAAAUCGCAUAGGACAAUUCAUCAUUGCGGAUCGUUACAAUCAUCGUAUUCAAGUCUUAGAUCCGUCUGGCAGAUUUUUAAGAGCUUUCGGUUCACAAGGCACAGCCGACGGAAAAUUCAAUUAUCCGUGGGGUGUUACAACCGAUGCGCUUGGUUUCAUAUAUGUGUCAGACAAAGAAAAUCACAGAGUUCAGGUUUUCCAAUCCGAUGGAACCUUCGUUGGUAAAUUCGGUACCAGUGGUAAAGAUGAAGGUCAACUUGAACAUCCGCAUUACAUUGCGGUUUCUAACACGAACCGAGUAAUUGUGUCUGAUUCGAACAAUCAUCGUAUUCAAAUAUUCGACGUAAAUGGUCGUGUUUUGUCUGCAUUUGGUACCGAAGGAUCCGAAGAAGGACAAUUCAAAUUUCCACGUGGCGUUGCUGUGGAUGACCAAGGAUACAUUUGUGUAGCCGAUUCAGGAAACAAUCGCAUUCAGAUAUUCCAUCCUGACGGAAGUUUCUUGCGUGCGUUUGGCUCGUGGGGAUCGGGUGAUGCAGAAUUCAAAGGACUCGAAGGCGUAGCUAUUAUGUCGAAUGGAAAUAUAUUGGUUUGUGAUCGGGAAAAUCAUCGUGUGCAGGUUUUUUAGUAAAAAUGAUUAUUUAUUACAACAAAAUAUUAAAUCAUUCAACCCCAUUCUUUACGCAAUUGCUUAAUUUUCAUCUAAUAAUCUAACUUCGCUAAUUUAUGUAAUUUUCAUUGUCUUUUUUUCUAACGAGAGGAUCCAACUCAACGACCUUUAUAUUUAAAAAGAAAAGAAAUUCUUUCAAUUGAAUAUGAAUUUUAUUGCGAUAAAACUCGAAUAUUGUAAUAUCACAGUACGAAAUUUAAGGAAGAAACACUUAUUUAACUUGUUUAAGAUUUGUAAAUACAGCUCAGAUGAAAAUUGACAUUUUCAACAUCUAUUGUUCUUUUAAAACCAAUCAUUUUUCAACAAAUUUAUUUUUCACUCCGACAAUUAUUACGAAACCAAUCUAGAAUAAGUCCAUUUUACCUGCAAUAAAAUGUGAUUUUAUGAAAAGAGAAAUAUUUUAAGAAAAUUGUCAGCCAUAAAAUUGUUUAAAACCAUUAUCAAAACGUACACCGACCCAAAGUUUUUUUUUGUAUCAAUAAAAAGAAUGAUGUUACAUUA